GUGUUAUUGAAAGCCUUCAUAUCGCACAUAAAACACGGUGCGACUCAUCUAAUCUCGCAUUAAUACCCAUCUCUGGCAGCUGAUCAAAUAGCUCUUGCUUCACCAACGUCCUGCCCCCUACAUCAAAAGUCUUCUGACAUCAGGGGUAAUGCCAACGACUUUAUAAUGCGUGAGUGAUCAUUUGUCAGUCACAAUUUCAAGAGACAUCGUAUCCAACGGAGCAAGAGAGAACAGAAUAAGAAUUACUUGGACAAAAUCUUUCAGUCCUCGGUGGUGGCUAUUAACAACACCUUAAUUGAAGUCGUAGUAAUUCUGUAACUUUAAAGUUACAUACAGCUGCUGUAGAGAACCUUCUUGACGUUAAAAAGAACCUUUUUUUAUUACGUAUAGCUGAUUCACGACAUCCACAAUAUUAAACACUAAACAUUCUUUGAAGGAAACAGGCCAGAGAAGUAGAUUGCGUUCGUGAGUCGAAUAUUGCAGCAGUGAACAACAUGGCUAAGAACAUGUACCGUUAUCCUACGAUGGAAGAAAUGAGCCCUGCAUGUAGGCGCCAAUUCCAAGAGUGCAACGCAUCAUCAAAUUCAAGUGUAUUACUUUUCCCCAAGCCUCAAGGUUGCUGGAUAGACUGGGCUGAAGCUUGCUCUAUAAUAGAUCCAAACCUGCUAGCACUUAUUACAAUCAUCAUUAUCAUUGCUGUAUUUUCGUUCAUUGGGAAUACCAUAGUAUGUGUAGUGUUUUGCUUAUAUGAACAGCUUCGUUUAGUGAAACAUUACUUCGUUAUAAACUUAGCGAUUGUUGACGAUAUUUUAGUGCUCGUAUCUGUGCCAAUGUUCGCUGCUCAUAUAUAUGGAGGCGAGCAGAAUUUAAACCUUUGCAGGACGCAGAUUCUUUUGGAUGUUUUCUGUGGUACUGCGUCGAUCAUCAGUCUUGCAGUUAUCAGCAUCGAGCGCUACUUUGCCGUUGUUGUUCCUUUGCACUACGAGCAGCGUGUCACACCAUACCGCGCUGUACUCAUCAUUAUUUUCACUUGGUUCUACUCAGCCAUGGUCUCUCUCAUCCUUCUUGUUUCCUACGCAGUGCCAAGUUCACCUGCCAAUACCUCGAAAGCCUGCUUGUUUUUCGGUGGCGAGUUUGUCAUUCUGGUCACUGUCGCCAGCUUCAUCCUUCCAGUAUGUAUUAUGGCUUGGGCAUAUUGGAAUAUCUUUUUGGUGGCGCAUGCACAUGCGAGGCAAAUCCAAGCUAUGGUCCCGUCAAACCAGCAACUUCCUCAGAAUAACACCGAAGGAGGAGAUACGAGGCCUCAAGUUAAAAUGCGAGGAGAGCUGAAAGCGGCUAAAACACUAACAAGUAUAAUGGCCACACAUAUAUAUUGUUGGUGCCCUUUAUUCGUGUACUUUCUGGUAAUUUCCUUCUGUCCACAGUGCAGAUCUGAUCCUGCCUCUAAGAUUUCUAACUAUAUCAUUAUGGUUCUUCGUUACUGCAACACGCUGGCGAAUCCCAUCAUUUAUACUGGCAUUAACAGACAAUUUAGAGGCGCAAUCAAGAAAUUUGUCCUCAGGAAAAGAGGAAACGAGGAGCUGAAUGCAACCGUAUACACGCAACCAACUUAGAAACUCAGUGUUUUUGUGCCGUGCGCCGAUAAAUUUCUGACACUUGAAUUUAAAAGACUUAACAAUAUAGAAUCGAAUGUCGCUUCCGUACAUCCAGUUGAUUUAUUCAUAGAUAUUUAAGGCUAUGUAUCAGUAAUGUUAUAUGACAGUCCGUGCACAGAGCUACCUUCCGACUCGCUUGAUAGGAAAUGCAAAGGGAGUAAAAGUGAAAUGAGGACGUACUAACGUGGGCAAAAACUUCAAAAAUUAUGGACACUGCUUCUGGCAAGGAGCCGGGAUUUUAGUGCCAAGCACUUGUAGAUGUACUUACAGAAAUUCGAGUGCUUUUUAACAGUGGACCACUAGGCUUUUAAGAAUGUGGGUGAAUGGCUAAAUUGAAUCAAUGACAAGCUUGUGUUUUUGAACAUCGUUAAAGUUCUACUUACAAGUCAGACAGUCAGACCAAUAUCUUUAGAUAACGAAAAGGGAUAUCGAACCUUUUGAAAGAGUAUACUGCACACACUAUCUUAUAAUCCUUUUUUACCGGUCUUAAUCCCUAUGAAACAUGAUCCUAAAAUAAAGCUAUUGCGAAGAGCUUCUCGGAAAUCGCCCUUUCCCAUUUCUAGAAAGCAAUGUUUGGCGAUAAUUAGUCGUAGGCAAAAUCAGUGGGUUAUAUUGACCUUAAAGUUUUUUUGCAUCUUGUAAGAGUUCCACAGUAGAAACAAGCUUGAUAAUUAGCCUAAGUGGCUGCUCCUCAAGUCUUUUAUUUCCUUGUGAAUGAAGUUUGAUUUAGAUGACCAUAUGGCGCCAUUUCAAAGGCAUCAAAUGACUUAUGUUUAUUUUUUUUAGAGAUACAGCAUCAGCCAUUAGCUAUAGAAUAGGCCUAAUGUACUAAAAGGUUAGAUUUUUCUAAUAUGCUAAGUAUAUCAAAUCGACAAAGUCACCGCGCGCGAUGAUCAAUGAUUGCCUAAUCAGUACUCCUACGCAGUAGCUCAUUUGGGUUUACUUUCUUUAUGAUAUCUUUUGAAAUCAUGCAAGCUCGUUUGGUCAUGUUAAAAGUUGAAAUAAAACACCGCUAGCCAUCAAUUAUACAAGUGAAUUGACAACUUCUUUUGAGCUCAUUGCUCAGUCGCUGUUAGCGUGCGUUGGCUGUAGAACUUUCUUUAAAAAAGAUGAUCACGGCGCCAUGGUAGAUAAUUAAGACUUAUACCUUAAUCAAACGUCAUGCAAUUAAUGCGCUGUAUUUCAAAAUCGAUUGAAAUAAGUCGAUCCAAAAGCGCAAUUUAAAAAAAAAAUCAUGUGUUGUGUACGUCUAAAAAUUUGGCACAUUAAUAGAUCGCGUGUCUACCAAAUUAAUCUGCCGAAAACGUGAUUAAGUCCAAAACGUCGUACUUUAAAUGAACUCAAUUAAAAUAAUGGAAAAUGCAUUUUUUUACGACGACUGACACAAAAAGGGAAAAUUCUGAUUAUAGUGAUUUUAGGAGAAAUGCAUAUCGUGUGUCAUUUGCUAAAUAAUUAAAAACAUUCAGAAUACUACCGAUCAAAUAUGAGCAUUUGGUGUGUUGAUUGGUAUUAUUUUCGAGAAAACAGGGCCCUAGCUUAAGAUCGAUGAGGAAUUCCGUAUAAUAAUCUUUAGUAGUAUUCACCUUAUUCGCAGUUAAAUUCGGGAUUAUAUUCGAAACACUUGUCUUUCCUAUGGAUCCGCAUAUUAUGUAUUAAUCUUAAUGGAGUCAAUUGUUGAGAACUUCCAGUUCUUUUCAAUCUGAACAUUAAAUUUCUAAGACUUUAGCAUAAGAUAGAUGAUUUGAAAAGGUGUGAGUUGAGAGAUCAUGAGCUGCUGAAAUAUGGUUCUGUAAUAAAUAAACGUCUUUUUUUUAGAUUGAUACACUUGAAGUUUCUAGUGAUUAACAGACUAUUCUCAUCAUAAAGUUAGUUUAUAGCAUCUCUCAAUGCCUUAUCGUUUUCACUGCAUCUUCAGGGUCGUAUCUAUGAUUUUCCUUAAGGGGGGAUAGGAAUGGUCUUCAAAUAUCACAUUAUCAGACUUAUCAAUAUAGUGUGUCGUAAAUGAAUUUGUGUCAAAAGGUAUUACAUAUCUCGUCAAAUUUGGUGCUGAGUUCGGGGUACUGGUUGUUCCUUUUUACUAGCUUCUGUCAGGGGUUUCACGGGCACUCGAGGCACCCUGAAUACCCUGAUAUUUUGAUUACAAAUUCGGAAAAAUUACCGCAAUAUCUACCUUUUUUCUUGUUUUUCGUACGUUUUCGUGAGUUUGAAAACCGUUUGUUUUCCUCAAUAAAUUCUCACUCUUCAUUGAAUAUUUCAAUUCUAAAUUUAUUUAUUUUGCUUUGUUCAUUUAUUUCCUCUUUAAUUGAUUCUCAUUCGUUUGCAUUGAUUCAAUAAUAUGUAAUAAAAAACUGUGAAUAGA